GCUAGCUGCUGGACGGCCCUAAUCAGGAACAUUCCAGCGCCUCUUGGACCUUCAUAACUACUGCAUAAGCAAAUAUUCCGAAAUCAUCGUGCUAUCGACGAAUACCUUCGUAUCAUUUCCACCCCCAAACAGCUCAACAAAAGACCGACGAUUGAUAUAUCGCCCCGCUAUACGUUCGUGCAAGAGUGUUGUCACUGCGCUUCCAACCCCGCUGACCCCUGGGUCUUGUCGCGUCUUCAUCAUCUCUCUCCAUGUCGCUCUUUACCGCACAGCUUCAUCCCGGACGGGCUCUCGGGUUCUUCACCCUUGGCGCGUCCCUCCACGAUGUCCUGACCCGGGUCAAGGCAGAACCGCAAGCGUUCCCGAAGCUCGAAGUCCUCUACUCCCGAGACCAGCCCGUCACCGAACCGGUAUGCGUCGUGCUGCCACAAAACGGCAUCAGGCUGCGCUUCGACGGCCCCGAGCAGCGCCUCCGCCUGAUCGAAGUCAUCGACUUUACAAAGAGCCACAUCACCUUUAAGGAUCGGGAUCUGGUACGGCCAGCCGGCGCCGCUGCUCCCGAAGUGCCGGGGGAAUCAUCGGCGGGGCCUACCUUUCGGCACAUUUACCAUCGGCUGCUGGGACCGACUUACGCGGGCGAGUUCAUUCCUCCGGCGGCAUCUCAGGGCAACGGGACGUAUGUCUUGUCGUAUCCCGGCGUGGCCUUUAACUUUUCCGUGCCCACCUCUGUAUACUCUGCCGACAAAGACGUCGUUUCGCUGCUUUCUGCUUCAUCAUCGCAGAUUGCGACUUCUAUGGCUGUCUUUAGUGGUAAUUCUUGGGCGGAAGUGCGGCCGACGCUGUGGACGGAGGUUCUGCCAAGCGUCAAGGUGACUUCAACCAUACCUCGUGGAAAGGACGUUUACCCGGAUGAGGUAUCCUUGAUUCGACUUCACGGCGGUGGCAAGAUCCAGCUAUUUCGGAAAUGGACGUCGAGUUCUUUCUGGAUCAUUCUUGGGGAGACCACGCCGCAGGAUCUUGUGGCGGAGCUUGGGCCGCCGAAUGCGAUAUAUCGUAAGAAUGAUCAGAAGAUGGUCAUUCACAAGAUGCGUGCCGCUAGUAAUACACAUGGCCGCCCUAAUGUGAAGGAUCUGGGUCGGCCGGAUGAGUCGACGGAUACGGACCAGUCGUCGAUGCACACUGGCUCAGACGAAUCGGAUAACGAGGCCGCAGUAGAAGACGAAGGGGGGGAUAAUGCGUCUGGAGAGUGUUUCUACAACUACUUUUAUUUUGGCUUUGACAUUCUCAUGUCUACGCCCGUACCUCCUUCGAGCCUGCCACCGGGAGAGACACAAGUACCAGAUGAUAUUGGUAAUGGAAUCAUGAACCAUGCUCCCGAUCGACUGGCUGCAACGAAACUGGUGCUCCACGGCAACAUCCCCGGCUCCUACGAAUUCAACCGCCAUCGACGAUGUCGCUGGGAGAUUAGUUACCUGGAUGAUUUGGUUAGCGAUAGUGGCCCCGUCAACUCCGAGAUGGAAUUCAAGACGAUUGAGACUCUCAUGAGCAGGAAAUGGGAGGGCGCCUACCCCACAGACAAGACUCAGCCGCGGCAAGGGGGUAUGGUCCUGAACCGUGGCUGGGGCGACAGCCCAGGCAGCAGUUGCGAGUUUCUCGGCGGUUGGGAAGAGAGCGGCGCGAGGAGGCCGGAGGCGAAUGGCGAUUCUACGACGACGCUGUAUGGUUUUCCUGGAAUGGUUUUCGAGGUCUUGAGGAACGACUAUGUUAACACAGUGACGGUGUUUUGAGUUUUGAAACACUCGGGUGUGGGUUAUGAGCUAGGAAGUGUUGAGGGGUUUUGCAUACUAAUUGUUUUAACGAGAGCGAAACAUUUGUGAUUCUGAGGCUUGUCGUUUUUGUUAUUAUUACUUGGGAAUGUUUGUUGGGUGUUUUGGGUUGGGAUAUCAUACAUGGCAUUGUGUAAACGUGCUUUAACUUUGGAUUCAUAUUCAUAGCUUUUUUGCCUCUUAAUACAGAUGGGUUUACAACUUGGCUUUUGUCAUGUUCCUGACUGACAAUUGUUACUGAAUUAGUUGAGCUAAGGACAGAGUCUAGAUUUUGAAC